AUGGAGUGGAGUGGUAGUGAUGGUGGUGGUGGUGGGGAUGGCGAUUGUGGAGGUGGUGGUGAUGGUGGUUGUGGCAGCAUGGUGGUGGUUGUGGUGUUGGUUGUGGAGGUGGUAGUGGAUGUGGAGGUUUUGGAGGAGGUGGUGGUUGUGGUGGUAGUGAUGCUGGUGGUGGUGGUAGUACUGGUGAUGGUGGUGGUGGUGGUGGUGGUGGUGGAGGUGGAGGUGGAGGUGGAGGAGGUGGUGGAGGUGAAGGAGGAGGUGGAGGAGGUGGUGGUGAAGGUGGUGGAGGAGGUGGUGGUUGUGGUGGUGGUGGCGGAGGAUGAGGAGGAGAAGGAUGUGGUGGUGGUGGUGGUGGUGGCGGUGGUUGUUGAGGUAGUGAAUGUGGUGGUGCAAAUGGUGGAGUUGGAUGUGGAAGUGGAGACUUAA